AUACGAUAAUAAUUUAUUUAUGGGUAUAAGUAAUGGUGUUUAUCGUAUGCAGUUAUUGCAUGUAGUGCACGCAUUACGUGUAUUUUACACCGUUACUAAAAUAAAGCUAUUUUGACGUGUAGCCAAGUUUUGACCUAUUUUCAUUUAAUGGUUGGAGGGUGCUGGCGUACAGUUUCAUAAGUGAGCGGUGAAUCAAGUUUGUUUAUUUCUAGUUCAAUGCUGCAUGGCAACCAAUAUCUAGAAUCUUAAAUUUUCAUAAUAUAAUCAUGCAUAUCUAUGACAAAAUAUGGUUUGCAAACGAAUAAGUCCUUACUUCCUGCUCCUUUUCAUCUAUUUGAUGAAAGUUGCUGCAGGACUUAUGGAAACUCCUGUUAUUGGAAUUUUGUCUCAGGAGACGUAUUCUGUCAGGGAUUAUUUAAAUGAGGGAUACGAUAGUUUUAUUGCUGCAUCUUAUGUAAAAUUUGUAGAGAGCGCCGGUGGAAGGGUCAUACCCAUUUGGAUAGGACAAAAUGAUACGUAUUAUAAAACAGUGGUCAAUAAAACCAAUGGAUCUUCAACAAAGUAAUUUAUUUAAAGAUGCCGAAAAAAACAUAUUAGACGCUCUUACUAGGCGCAAUGUUACUCUCAAUAGUCAUGGCUUCUGUUUAACCAAAG